AUGCGACUCGGUGAAGAUGAAUCCGCUCGAUCAAUGCCCGAGACCUCAUCAGUUGAGGGUGUGCCUGGAGCUCGUCAUCGACGUGACUCCAUGAAGAGCAGCUAUAGUAUUGUGUCGGAUGUCGAGAUGGCUCGGACCGAGGUCUUUGACGGGCCGAUAUCAGAGAGUAUCCCUUCAAGCGUUGUCUCAUUUGCUCACCGCCGCGGCCGGAAGGACUCGAUCGUCAGCUUUACUUAUUUCCAGGAAGAAGACGGGUUCAUUGAGUGGCCUCGCGAAGAAGUAAUCGACGCUGAAAGCGACUCUGAUGGAUUGUCAAUGGGUGAGGCUAGCGAGGCAGAUGAGUCCAUUAUAUCUUCUCGCAGGUCCAAACGCCUGUCUUACUCCAGACCCUCCGCAGAGGACCCUCUCCUUCCGCGGCGCCCAUCAUCGGCUUUUUGUACUGGAGAGCGCACAAUUGACAGCAGGCUCACCCAGAAAGUUUAUAUCGUGUCGGAAGACUUGACCAUUGUCAUCGCUGGGUUUUCAACGAGCUCCACAGGCUUGGCGCUAUAUUCUCUGCUAUGCGUUAUUACUUUGGGCUUUGCAUAUAUUCUUCUACGUUGGUUGCCCAGAUGGAGAGUUCGACUAAUAGGAAAGCCGACGCCCCUUCGAUUAUGUCAAUGGGUCGCAGUGGAGGAUCAAUGGAAUCAAUUCAACAUAUGUGAAGUGUUGAGCAUACCUUACGGACGUGCGCUAUCCACAGUCUUUGCGGAAUCCGAAAGUUGUACACAGGACGAAGAUAACGAUCCAACUGUCUCAUACCUGAGAUACAUUGAUUAUCGUUGUCUCCGCUUCUUCUACCACCCUUUCGAGGACAAAUUUAGCUUGAUCAGUGGCUGGAAAGAUCCACUGUGGACGAAUAUCAAACGAAUGCGGGUCGGGUUGGACGCGGAUGAUCACGAUAGCCGUGCGCAAAUUUUCGGAGCGAAUGUCAUUGAUAUACAGCAGAAGUCCGUUUUUCAACUUUUGAUCGAUGAAGCGUUUCACCCGUUCUACAUGUUCCAAAUUGCGAGUCUUGUCCUAUGGUCACUGGAUGAAUACUAUUACUAUGCCGUUUGCAUUUUCCUCAUUUCGGUAUUCAGUAUCUGCGCAACCAUUUUCGAAACACGAACGACGAUGAAAAGGUUGAGGGAAAUCUCGCUUUUUGAGUGCGAUACCCGCGUGCUUAGGAAUGGCUUCUGGAGGACUGUCCCUUCUCGAGAAUUGGUCCCCGGUGAUGUCUUUGAAUUUUCGGAUCCGUCUUUGAAUCAAGUUCCCUGCGAUUGCAUCUUAUUGUCUGGAGAUUGUAUCGUGAAUGAAAGUAUGCUGACAGGAGAGUCUGUUCCUGUAUCAAAAAUCCCGUUAACAGACGACGCGUUAAAGUACCUUAACCUCAGUACUCCAUCUGUCCAUCCGAAUGUUGCCAAGCACUUCCUUUUUAGUGGAACAAAGGUCAUUCGUGCACGGCGGCCACAUAGCGUCGAUGAUGGUGAAGCCAUUGCGUUAGCAGUGGUUGUGAGAACUGGCUUUUCAACAACAAAAGGUGCCUUAGUCCGUUCAAUGCUUUUCCCCAAACCCUCAGGAUUCAAGUUCUACAAAGAUUCAUUUCGUUACAUCACAGUGAUGGGUGUGAUAGCUGCUUUUGGGUUUAUAGCAUCAUUUGUCAAUUUUGUCCGCUUAGGUCUUUCUUGGCAUUUAAUCAUUGUUAGGGCACUUGAUCUAAUCACGAUCGUUGUGCCGCCAGCAUUACCAGCUACUCUGACAAUUGGCACCAAUCUAGCUCUUUCACGACUCAAGGGUCACAAGAUAUUUUGUAUCAGCCCGCAAAGGGUGAACGUUGCAGGCAAGCUUGAUAUAGUCUGUUUCGAUAAGACUGGGACUCUCACAGAGGACGGCCUGGAUGUGCUCGGUGUGCGAACUAAUAUUGUCCACGCUAUGGCAACAUGCCACUCUCUCAGAGUAGUGGAUGGGGAGCUAAUGGGAGAUCCUCUCGAUGUGAAGAUGUUCCAAUUCACUGGCUGGUCCUAUGAGGAGAACGGAAGCGAAUCUAUAGAACCCCAUGGUCCUAAGUACGAAACAAUCAUGCCACCAAUUGCGAGGCCACCUAAUCAGAUAUCCGAUUUGAGUGGUCAAAUAGGGACCAGUCAAACUGUACCAAUAGAACUCGGAGUUCUCAGGAAUUUUGAGUUCGUGUCGGAACUGCGCCGUGCGAGUGUCGUCGUAAGACAGUUUGGAGAUGGCGGAGCAACCUUUUUCGUCAAAGGCGCACCAGAAAGUCUGAAGACCAUUUGCCUUCCUGACAUACCACACGAUUUCGAUGAUUUAUUGAGCUUCUACACGCACAAGGGCUAUCGUGUCAUUGCGUGUGCUGGGAGAUACGAACCAAAACUCAGCUGGAUGAGAGCUCAGAAAUUGACUCGAGAACUCGUUGAACGCGACCUCGAAUUCAUCGGAUUCAUUAUAUUUGAAAACAAAUUGAAGUCCAGCACUACUGGGACAAUAGCAGAGCUCAGUAAUGCAGGCAUCCGAAAUGUCAUGUGCACGGGCGAUAAUAUACUUACCGCAGUCAGCGUGGCCCGAGAGUGUGGCUUAAUUCGAGCGGAUGAACAGUGUUUCAUACCAAGGUUUGCGGAAGGUGAGUCUACCGCGCCGUCGCUGACUUCGACAAAUGUGGAUCUUUCCGUGCCCGCAAUCGCAUGCAAUAUCAACAAGUAUACACUUGCAGUCAGUGGAGAUGUCUUCAGAUGGGUUGUGGAUUUCGGCAGCGAUGUUGUUUUGAAAAGGAUGCUUGUUCGAGGAAACGUAUUCGCCAGAAUGUCGCCUGAUGAGAAGCAUGAACUUGUCGAAAGACUUCAGUCCUUGGAUUAUUGUUGUGGGUUCUGUGGGGACGGAGCUAAUGACUGUGGUGCAUUGAAAGCCGCAGAUGUCGGUAUAUCCCUUUCUGAUGCCGAAGCAUCCGUUGCGGCGCCUUUCACCAGUCGUCAAUUCGAUAUAUCUUGCGUUCCACAACUGAUCAAGGAAGGACGCGCUGCUUUGGUUACCAGCUUCUGUUGCUUCAAGUACAUGAGUUUGUACUCCGCAAUCCAAUUCUCGAGUGUCAGCUUUCUUUACACGUCAGCAUCAAACCUUGGCGAUUUUCAGUUUCUGUUCAUUGACCUGGCACUCAUUUUGCCGAUUGCAAUAUUUAUGGGAUGGACUGGCCCGCAUCCAGUGCUUUCCCGCAAGCGACCAACCGCAAAUCUUGUGUCACGGAAAGUGUUAACUCCCCUACUCGGUCAGAUAUCCAUAUGCAUCCUUACUCAAUUCGUGGCAUUCAAGACUGUCCAAUCGCAACCAUGGUUUCAACCUCCAAGAAUAGACUUAAACAAUAGCAAUAUAGAGAACUCCGAAAAUACGGCGCUGUUUUUAAUAUCAAUCUUCCAAUAUAUAUUUACGAGCAUCGUUCUGAGCGUGGGACCACCAUUUCGGAUGCCAAUGAGGGCGAACAAACCCCUGAUCGUCACAAUUGUCGUUGACACAAUCGUGUCAAGCUACAUGCUCUUCGAUCCACCGGAAUGGAUUAUCGAAACUAUGCAGCUGACAUUCAUAUCCAGGGGUUUCGCGUUUUGGCUUUUUGCACUCGCUACCAGCACAUUCCUACUCUCGUGGGUCACCGAACGCAAGUUCUUCCCCCUACUCUCCCGGGCAAUUGGUCAUUUGAAAACACGGCUACGCCCGGGAAACCGUAAGCAGCGCCGUCAAUAUAAAGUGCUGCUUGAUGAAAUGGAAACAUGA